AAACCAAUAUGGCGGAUGAGAGUCCUGUCAAGCUGGUAUCAUGAAUGCAACGUCGUGCAUAAAGUGAGUGUCGUGAUUGAAUUUCCAACACUUCAUGUGGCAAAAGUGAUAUAAAAAGUGUUGCUACAGUGAUACAACAAGAAUAAACAGACUACAAGUGUUUGAAAUAUUUGUGAAACGCCAUUUUAUUUUUGUUCAUUGUUUCCCCUCCUUCUCUACGGGGUUAGUUAAAAUUAUUUUUCGUCAAAACAGAGGGCAGUGCGGUCGAUUGUAAAAAAAAGUGUCUGUCCGAAAAUGUACCAAUCAGGCGGUAUCAAACCCUUUUAUUUAACGUAAAUGUACACACUAUUUUACUAACGUUGUUGCACCGCGUAAUCACGUAUAAAAAAAAACAAACAGGCAAAAGUGUAUCAUAAUAUAUAGUGUAUUAUGUAUAAAUAUACAUAUAUACAUAUACGGCGAAUUGGAAGUAGUGACCUCUCGUGAAGCAUCUUUCGUACUAAGUGCGUGUGUGUGCGUUCUCUUUUAGCGGGGAAAAACGCUCGUCGAUUCGUCGCAUCGUGUUCGCAUAUUUAUUCUCGUAAAAAAUCGGUUAUUCAUUUUUAAUCUCGAAAAUUAAAGUAAAAAAAAAUAUAUAACCCCAUACGGACGUUUUCCAUUGCAAAGACCUGUUGAUCAAUCAAAUUUGUGACGAACUUGGCGCAAUUGUGGUUAGAAUUGCGCUCUUAUUUCUUUCUCUCUUUUUUCCGUUUCCUACGAGUUCGGAGCGCCAUCCCGUGGUGUUUUGCGGCGAUGUAUCGUAGCAGAUAGACUCGACGUGAUUGGACGUCGAGUGAGACGGUUUCUCACGCAAGGCCUCUCCCAACGAUUUGUUCGCGUAAAAAAAAACCUCUGUAGAAUCGACAACUAUUUCAUUAAAAACAAACAACGAAAUAUACGUUUUCGAUAUCGCGAAGUGUAACGUUUGAGAGACCAAUAAAUUUACGACGAACAAAAAAUACGAGAAGCUUCGAGGAAUACAGAGAAGAAUGGCGACUUAUGCGUCAGCCAAUGAGGAACGAGCUCUCACGAAGUGGAGCUAGAUAGUAAAUUACCCCUUUCCCCGUUCGUACCUCGCGUCGCUGGACUUAACAUUCCGUGCAACGUUCUUCGUCCCCCUUAUUUUUUUCUGCCAACCAAAAUAGUUGUUUUUUUUGUUGCACUUUUGUCGCGAUCAUCCGGCAUUUUUUGACUUCACGAUAUUACGAGAACAUUAUUUCUCCGUAAGCCGUUUUGCGAUCUCGAAUUAUGGAAAAAUCGUGUCUGGUCACGUGACCGCACGGUUUUCUUUUUUUUUUUUUUCGUUCGUUUUUACUGCUAUUUUGCGCUUAGCCGAAUGAAAUGGCGCAAAUAAUCGUGGGCAAACAUGGAUACGACUUUAUUGUGUCACACGUAUUUGUUUACACGCGGGCUUUCUCACGAACCACGUGUUAACGAAACUGACGUUUGGUGGCAAGUUCUUUUCCGGUUUCUUUUGCCGCAUCUACGAAAGUGAAACAGUGUCGAUAAUAAAACAAAGAGAUAAAUAAAUAUCGAAAAAUGACGGGACGCGGAGGCAAAAGACGGGGGCGUCCGCCCAAAUCUGUAGUUAUGGAAAGACCCAAAAAAUUUCAAUAUCACCUUAUGAAGAAACCAAAAUACUUGCAACACAAAGCUGGCUGCGAAACGCCCAGCUCUCAACCGAGCACACCGACUCUUUCGAGAGCCUCUUCGCCUGUUGAAUCCGAAGAAAGUCGAAGGAGCACUAGAAGUCGAAAACAAAAAGCUUUGAAGGAGAAACAUGCCAGGAAGGGAGGUCAUGUUGGUGGCGCAUACCAGAGGCGAGGAUACAAUCCGAAUGUUGAUUAUCAUGAUUCGGAGUAUCAUUAUGGAUCGGAUUUUGGUGAUGAGUCGAGUGAAAAGAGUGAUCAGGAUGAUGAUGUGAUUCAGAGUGAAGUUGAAAGUUCAGAGUCCAUAGAAGAGCCAGAUCCAUCGAGCGAUAGCGAUUUUUCAUUGUCUUCGUUCAGCACGACAAGUGGAACGCCUCGAAAAGCUCUACUCGGACAACAGAGAGCACCCAGUCCGGAGCCUUUAUGGCUACAGAAUCGUGAAUUGCCCAAACUCGAAAUACCAAAAUCCUCGGAAGAUUUAUUGAUUCCCAAAGAACAUGUAAUGUCGUGUCUUUCUAUAUACGAGGUUUUGCGACAUUUUCGUACACUCGUGAGACUUUCAUCAUUCAGAUUCGAGGAUUUCUGUGCAGCGCUCACCUGUGAUGAUCAGACGAAUUUACUUGCUGAAAUUCACAUUAUGCUGAUAAAAGCUUUACUGCGAGAAGAAGACUCACAACAAACUCACUUUGGUCCUUUGGAUCAAAAGGAUUCGGUUAACGUAGGCCUUUAUUUCGUCGAUCCCAUGACGUGGCCCGAGGUUCUACGAUCUUACGUGGAAAGUGACAAACACUUUGACGAAAAUAUCUUGAAAAUCAUUACCAACUCUGAGUAUCCAUUCACCCCUCUCGAAGACCGAUUGAAAGUGUUGCAAUUUCUUACGGAUCAAUUUCUCAUCACCAAUCCUGUUAGAGAAGAUCUCCUUCACGAAGGCAAUAUGCAUUAUGAUGAUCAUUGUCGCGUCUGCCAUCGACUCGGCGAUCUUUUGUGUUGCGAGACUUGCCCAGCUGUUUUUCAUCUCGAAUGCGUUGAGCCACCUCUCGUCGAUGUUCCCACUGAAGAUUGGCAAUGCUCAAUCUGCAAAGCUCAUAAAAUCACAGGCGUCGUCGAUUGUGUUCCCGACGUCGAAAAAAAUGGACUGCUUUGUCGACAAGAACAUCUCGGCUUCGAUCGGCACGGUCGUAAAUACUGGUUUUUAGCCAGACGUGUUUUCGUAGAGAGCGAAGAUGGCCAAGUGUGGUAUUACAGCACACCAUUGCAGUUCGAGGAGCUCAUGUCGAGUCUGGACAAGAACGAGAUGGAAGUCGCCCUGUACCGUGAGCUUUCUGAUUACAAGGACGAAAUUGUUAGACAGAUGGAACUCACUGAGACUAUUACAAAUCAGAUAAAGGGCAACAAAAAAUCUUACUUGGAAGUUGAAAAUGCCGCUAUUCUCAAGCAAAAAAAAGAACGUGCAGAUAAGAAAGAAAAAGAGGAGGAAGAAAAGCGGGAAAAAGAGCGCCAGAAUGCUGAGGACGCGGUGAGAAGAAUGCAUGAGGGUACUGAUUCCGUGGAGGAAAAUAUGGCUUCCACAUCUGAUCAAGAAAGUCAAAAACCUGUAGAAACGACGGAGGAAGCAAAAAGUUCGGAAAUCUCGGAGAAAUCACAGGACACUGCAGGCCCGAAGGGUGUGAAAAUUGAAGAAACUGAAGAAACGGGAAUGGACACAGAGGAAACGAUAUCGACAAUCGUGAAAGAUGGCAAAAAGCACAGUAUAGUGACAAGAUCGAAGACAGGAUCUUUGCAACCACGAACAUUUAACAUGGACGAUUUGAAGCGUCGUAGUACGGCAAUUAUGUCGAAGGAAGAAUUGGAAAAGUUGGAGAAACUUGACAAAUCGACAAAAGAUGAAGGUGUCGAGGGAACAAGAUUGACGAGACAAAAAGCUCAUCAGAUUGCCACGGGAACACACUUGUUUAAGCUUGGAAUGGACAACAAUUUCAAAACUUACGUAAACCAGUACAGCACGAAUCCGAUCGCGCUAAAUAAACCUCAACGAAACGAAGAACGCGACAAAAAACGUCAUUUGUCGCACAAAUUUUCUCUCACCCAGGCUUCGGAAUUUAAGUGGAUUGGCAGUCUGACUGGAACGCGAGCUUUGCUCGUGAGUACGAUAAGACAGACAAUAUUGCAAUUGGAGAGUAAUAUUCAGGCACCAUUCAUGCACACGAAUUGGCCGUUGUUACGAAAACCAUGGACUGCUGCGGUUGGAGCUUGUGUGAACCCUCGUGAUUUUGCACGAGCUCUCAUAGUUCUACAGGCUUGUAUAAAAUCUGUGGUUUUCGCCAGUGUCUGGCACGAUCAAUUGGGCCACGUUAAAUUGCAACGAGUUACGGCAUUGGAGCGCGAGGAGAAAAAACGUUUGGACAAAAAAGAGAAAAAAGAAAAAGAGGACGAGGAAGAGCGCAAUCGUUUGACGUACAAUUUUGUGAAAUACACCCUCGGCUUGAAACAUCAAGUUUGGAAGCAAAAAGGUGAGGAGUAUCGGGUUCACGGUCAAUGGGGUUGGUUGUGGAUCUCGUCAUCGCGUCGAUACAAAUUUCAAGCGACGAACAAGCUCGGUCUCCUUGGAGGACCACAAAAAAUCAUGGUACAAAUCCGCGAUCAGGAUGGCUUGAAAAUUCUUGCUCUUGAUCCUUCCACUUAUGAUUUUCUUAUGAACGAAUAUUGUCUACCAAAAGAGGAACAAGAGGAGAAAACCGUGCCGAAAAUCAAAGAAGAAAUAGAACCCGAGGAUGAACUCAAAGAACGGUUGGCCGACGACAGCACUCAAGAAACGAAAAAAGUGGAGAUCAAAAGUGAGACCGGAGAAAAAAAUCCUCUCGUGUCGACGGAAACCGUGAAAACCGAACCUAAAGCUUGUCCUUCAUUUCUCGCAGGUAUGAAAAUCGAAAAAGUUUUCUCUCCGAUCGAAAAAUUCGACGAAAUCGAUAUUACCAAGGCACUUACUACCCACGGGCGCUUGCAUUAUCCAAAAAUUGCAAAGAAAACUCGUAUUGACGAUUUUUUAUCGCGUCGAACCCAUCUGAAACUCCUCGAGGAGAGAAGACUCUUGCAAUCAGAAAAAUCGCGCGAGCAAAGUGCCCUUCAAGCGAAUACGAGUGGUCUGAGGAACGUGACAACGCUGCAAACCUCCGGGACUAUUGGCGACAAAGAGGAUCGUGAAAAUUCGAUGAAUCUCGAAGAAAGUACCAACGAACCCGGAGAAAAUCCUUUGCACAACAUUCUUACGGGAAAAUCCGCUAAUAAAGGGAUUUCUCCAACGGCUCGUGAAAUGUUGGCUGUUAUAGCUAAAAGGAUACAACAAGUGCGCGGGCAAUAUGCGGCGAUCAUGAGACUGGGUAAAAAUGGUGCAUGUUAUUCGAAAUAUUGUAACAUGACCGGACAAGCUGGCAAGACUCCGGUAACGCCUCAAAGUCUUCAAUCAACUUGCUAUUCGCCAAUUUGCUUACAAAAAGCUCGUUUGAAACGCGAUCUUUUGACACUGCUCCGGAAAGCAAACGCUCUUAAUAACAAUCAACCCUCACCAGCCGGGAACGCGAUAAUGACAAAUUUAAUCGUAAAAAAGGACGACAAAGAUGCCAUAAGAAGAGAUUUAGAAUCGGCGGUCGCGUUGGCUACUCAUUGCGCCGAGGAAGUCGCAGCCACGAAUACUCCUGUAAAAAAAGGCGCCGUCGAUAGUUCCGAAUCGCCUUUGGCCAAAAGACAAAAAUUGGACACGAGUUCAAGCAACGCCAUGGACAUGAAAGUUGAGGUGGACGAGGAGAUGAAAGUUAAAGAGGAAAAAGAUUCUAAAUCUAUCGUGGAUCCUAGCGCAGAAGUAAAAAGUGAAAAUUCGAAUACGACCGCGGCAACGACUUUGACUGUCGUGAAUCGUCGCGGUAGGACCGUUCAAAGAUCGACCACGGCUAAAGAAUUGAAUCCGGACGGAAGUACGAAAAUUUAUUCGACGGUCUCAACCGAGGGCAAAGUUUAUUUGAAAAAAGUUGCCAUUUCAUUGGCCGAUAGACGAAAAAAGAGAACGCCCGUGAAAUAUCCGUUGUGCUCAACUUUCGCGACGAAGAACAAACAACGCAGUAUCCUGCUUUUGCCUCAGCACGAAUUACGAAAAUUAUCUCGCUUAGGCGGACGCACACCGGUCACUGGCUUUCAUCACAUGGCCAAAGCCAACAUGUCCGUAUGGCCAUAUCCCUGCCCCAGGCCUCUCUUCAAAACCUGUUGGCUCUAUCGGACUGUUGGCCUCAAAUCUCUCGCCGCUGCUGCUCUACAAUUGAGAGUACUUUGGGCUUGCCUCAGAUGGGAUGAUAUGGCCGCUAAGCCGGCAAGCUCCGAUGGUAAACAUCAAAUUACCACUGACACCGAAAUCAUGUCCCUUGAAAUAUUGAAACAUCGUCAAGUUGGACAGUUCAUGGAUAGAACGCAAUAUCUCAGAAGGAAAGUAGUUAUACCCCUUGAACUACCGAAACAAGUUAGAGAAGUUACGUCGAUACGAAGUGGUUUGAGAAAGCGCAAACGUCCUGAAUCGCCGCAAAGCACCGAGCCGCAAGUUUCCGAGGAAUGGGUCGACGAGGAUAAGCUCGAAUUAUGGGAAAUAAAGCAGUACGGUGAUCGGUUAGAGAAGGCUAAUGCCCAGAUUAUUACUAGGAGUCGUUCGGGGCCGCAGCAAUCAGUUGUUAUUGGUCUCAAUCGAGGUAGUAGCUCGUCGGUGUCUGAACAAUUGGUAAGCGGCAAGGGAACGGCUGAAGAAAUAAAAGAAAAGAUGGAACAACAAUUAAGGAUGCAACGAGCUGCUCAUCAACAGAAACGUGCGCUCGAGACUCUAAAAAGUCCGGCCAAUUCAUCGCCUGGACAACUUGUUAAAGUCACUACAAAUUCAAAUCUCGAUGGAACCGUUAAAGUCGUAUCGAAAGUUGCGAUUCCGGCCAGUCCAAACACUCAAGCAAAAUCUCAACUGACGUCUCUUCUUACGACGCCCAAUCAGAAUAAAACUUUCCUAGGAACUCGUCGUAUUUACAUGACGAAGUCCUCCGAUGGUACGACUCGAGUGGUGUCAGGAACAACGAGUAUUUUGCCGAAAACUCCACAACAACAGCAGCAACAACAGAUCCAGCCUAAUCAACAAAGUGGACAACAAUCAUUAAUAAAAGUAGCCGUUCAACAAGUUCAACAACGAGUUCAAAUUCUUCGAGGUCCUGAUGGGAAAUUGCAAGUUCGUGGAUUAAUGCCAGGGCAACAACUGGUGCAAAUGCCCGAUGGCAAACUUCACGUACUCAAUACCGGACAAACAAUCGCGGCGAGUCCCUCACAGCAAGCAAGUGGACCUACGACGAAUGUCGUUACGACGACACCAAAAGUUUCUACGACCACAACCAAGAUCGUAACUUCGACACCGAUCAAAGCAACACCUGGAAAACCAAUCGCAAUCAAAACUGUCAAUCAAAGCUCUCAAAUUUCUACACCUCAGACUGGCCAAGCGAUACAACGUGUUAAGACAACCGUAACACCCAAUGUUGUCAACGCCAGCAUAGCUACGACACCCCAAAAAAAUACGGUUGUCGUCACGAAUACCGGACAAAUUGUACAGGAACAGGUAAUGACACCACUCAAUCAGACUAUAACGGCAAACCAAGUGGUGGUAAACAACACGAGUUUAGCGCAACAAUUGGCAAGUGGGAAGGCUCAACUGGCGACGAUCGGUGGCCAUCAAGUUGUGAUACGCAGUACACCAACGGGAAAUCAAAUAGUACACUUAAAUUCGCCCAAUAGCGGUAUAAUCCUUAAGAGCAACGUGGCAACAACUCCAAGUAAAAAUUUGAUCCAAGCUGCGACAACGACGCAACAAACGGUUCAAUCGCAAAUUACAACGGCAACAACGACGAUGACGCCGACGAUAUCAACGAGCGUUCCAGCUUCAACUGCAAACGCGGCUAAUCAAACUACAGAAUCGUCGAACAAGAGUGUGACAGGAAGCGCGACCAGUGCCACGACGCAGACGACAACAACAAGCCAAACGCCUGUUCUACCUGCACCUGGAAGCGUCGAAGCGUCUUUGCUCGCUGGGCAACCUCCUGGCACCGUUAUCAAAUGCGUCACUGCUCAAGUUAUUCAAACGACACAAGGCCCUAGAAUCGUACUUCAAGGAUUGCAAGGCAAUGAUUUUACACCUCAACAACUGGCCAUGGUACAACAACAAGUUAAACAACAAUUGCUCAAAGCUCAAGCAACUACAGGUAAACAAGGAGUUCUUGGACCAACGAAAAUUUAUUUGGCUGUGCAACCAGCGCCCGGAACUCCAGCCACCCCUGUCGUUUCACAGGUGUCCACGACGCCGAGUACUCCUUCGACCCCUGUAACUAAACCAGCAGUUGUUCCUUCUUCGCCAGCUACCGCACCAUCCAUAAAAAUCGAACCGGAAACUGUGACCGCCGAAGCAUCGCAGACGGCCGUACCUGCUACACCGGAAAAACCAAAAGUCGUUGUACAACAAGUCAGCAGAGCAAGCAUUCCCGAAAAUGAAUCAUCACAAAAAACUCCACUUCCUAAUGGACAACAACCUGCACAAGGAUCGAAGGACGUCACACAAACAACAUCAGCGAACAAAUUCAUUCUCACUCCAGAUUACAUUCAACAAACUAUAAAAAACGCUCUGAAGCAAGAAAACUUGAAUCCCGAGAUUGAAGAAAAGUUACUACAACUGCAACGAUAUCAGGAAAAACAAAUGAAAGGGGGAACCGAGGGUUCAUUGACGAGUAAUCAAAAUCACAGUGUGAUGACAACAACGAUGAGCACAACACCGAGAGCACCUUCACGAAAAAGGCCAGCGCCACAAUUGGUCAAUACACCGAGUACAACACCAACAACAACGAACGCGACAACGACAACCACACAAAAUUCUACACCGGGUGUUCAGACAACCGAAAAAAAUCAUGAUUGGACUGAGCCAGCGCGAAAAAGGGCCGCGCCUAGUAGGCAAGAGCAUCGCGAAGUUUCCAGGACUAACCGAUCUGUCGACGACUGUCGCGCGACUCAUAAGAUAAACGAGAUAACGGAGAACGAGACGACACCGAAAAGUCGGGCGGGAAAAUUGAAAGAUUCACAAGAGGCGAGAAGAAAACUGCAGGUACAUUCGCGUAUGCAAGUACUUCUGUUUCGCCACAAAGAACUUCUCAAGAAGGACAUACUCAAGAAACGAGCUUUGCUCGAAAAGGAGCUCCAAAUAGAUAUUCAGAAGGAUCUCUCCGCUGAGUUGACAACGAGGACGAAAGCCGAAAGACACAAACAGGACGAGGUCAAAGUUGGUAGCGCGAAGCGCAAAUCAAACGCUCAACCACCUCAGCAAGCGAGUCCAACAAGUCGAAGACCAAAGAAGCACCGAAGUUCGCAAGGAAAUAGCAAUACACCACCUGGCGUUUCAGCAGUAUCGGCAAAUAAUCGUCUGAAAAAAGAAAAACUCUACUGCCUCUGCAGGACACCGUAUGACGAGACUAAAUUUUACGUUGGUUGCGAUUUAUGUAAUAACUGGUUCCACGGCGAAUGCGUCGGGAUCACCGAAGAAAUGAGUAAAUCCCUUUCGGAAUUUGUAUGUACAGAAUGUCGUCAUGCACGAGAAACUCAAGAACUUUACUGUCUUUGCAAGCAACCGUAUGACGAGUCUCAAUUUUACAUUUGUUGUGACAAGUGUCAGGACUGGUUCCACGGACGUUGUGUCGGAAUCCUCCAAUCAGAGGCCGAUAACAUUGAUGAAUACGUUUGUCCGAAUUGCCAACGAAAUUCAUCUGUCAAUUUCGCGAAUAUGAAAAAUCUGAACAACAAGGAUUUAGACUUGUUGAAAAAACUCAUAAAACAGAUACAGGCACACAAAAGUGCUUGGCCUUUUAUGGAGCCAGUAGACCCGAAUGAAGCGCCAGAUUAUUACAAAGUCAUAAAGGAACCUAUGGACCUUCAAACGAUUGAAUUGAGGAUAACUGACAGAUCGUACAAGAAGCUCAGCGAGUUUAUUGGCGACAUGACAAAGAUAUUUGACAACUGUCGUUACUACAAUCCAAAGGAGUCACCGUUUUUCAAGUGUGCUGAAUCUCUCGAGACUUAUUUCGUUCAUAAAAUCAAAAGCCUUAGGGAAAAGUUUUCCGAAGGUAAAUGAGGUACGGAAGAUGGGGACGAAUGAAUUUUUUCAGCAAGUGCCAGUGAAGUUUUGCGUUUAACGAAGGGACUUGUUUUCGGUGCCAGUAAAUGAAAGUGAAACAUCUCGAACGAAAUUACCCCCAUCAUCACCGCCCUCAAAUCGACCCCCGAGAACAAAGCGUAUCUCGUUCAUAAAUUUUAAGAUCCUAACUGUUUAAGGCAGAAUAGCUUCGUAAAGAUUCUUUAUUUAUUAGCAAGCUGUGUGAAUACAUAUAUAUUUUUGUCUCCUUUUUUCUUGCUACCGAAGUUUUUAUUUUCCUCGGGUGAAUAAUGGAACGAAUUUUGUGGCGCCGGAGAAAACGACGAGUGCUAGUGUGUGAAUGCGCGAGAUAACAAAAUAAGAGGAAAAAUCACACGGCAUUGUAUUCAUAUUUAUAGUAUACAUGUUAACAAAACACAUGUAUGAAUUCUAAUAUGCAUGGUUAAAAAGGAAAAACGAUACAAUCCCAAAAGAUGAAAAUCUCUGAUUAGUGUAGAGUAACGAGUCAGUGGCCAUAAGGCAAUUUAAAAAAUCAUGACCAGCGAUUUCUUAGCGAGCGUUGAACAACACGAAUUUUGUUUCGCGUAAGGAAUUCAAUUAUUAUGAUGAUUUUAUCACUUAUUAUUAUUAUUAUUAUUAUUAUUAUUAUUAUUAUUAUUAUUAUUAUUAUUAUUAUUAUUAUUAUUAUUAUUACGCUUAAUAUUAACAUUUUCGUUAAGAUUGAAAGAUAAACACAAAGCGUGACCAAGACGUUCCGGUAACAGUUAACAUAACGAGAAAUGAAGAAGACAAAAAACAAUUUCAGGCGAGAAUACAACAACACUUUUCUAGCUGUAAGAUUAAUUAAUAGGAUUAAAAGAAGGAGGGCGCGCAUAAUAAAUUGUACAAAUUUGUUUAUUAUGCUCAGAAAAAAGUAAUUGUCAUUACUUGCGUUGUUUUAAUCACAUAAAUUUUCUAUGAAAUUGUUUAUAAACGAAGACAUAUGAUGUUUAGGCUGUAAGAAAUAAUGAAUAAAAUCGAGAAAAUUGAAAUACAAAAAAAAGGAAGAAAUGAGCACAGGCCUUUUCCCAGGCUUUGUAAAUAUCGAUAAACCGAACAAGAAAUUUGAAAAAAAAAGGAAGCGCCCGUGAACGUCCUACUUGGAGAACGGACUUUCCGGGUGAAUAAAUGAGUAAAAAAAAAACAUGAGCGCUGAUUUCAAUGACAGCCAUUGUUAAUAUUUAUUAUCGUGACGAUCGCUGCGGGAUUUCGAAACAAAAAUAACAUACUGACACUCAAUCAUUCGAGAAUAUUUGCGUCGUGUAUAGAACGGAAAAUGAUGAAAUCAACGUCAGAAUGGCAAAGAAUUGAGACAUUUAUCAGUUUGUCAUAAUCGCUCUCAUUGCUAUAUCGACGGAAAUAGGAAAAAGCGCGAGUAAGUCAGUCCGCGAAAUGCCGAGUUUUUGAGCAGGAAACUCAUCAAGGUCAAACCCAAACAGCACGCUACGAUCUGUUUUCUCUCAUGAAUUUUGCGAAAAAAUCGUAAAAUUUGUGCAAAAGAUCUACGAGACAAACACGCGAUAUUGACGAUUGAACAAAUAAUGAAGAAAAAUCACUUAAAUUGAAGGUUUUUCCGUCAGCGUAAAUUGGCUUGUACAGUAUUUUUCAUGUGAUUCGAUGUCACCAAUAACCGGCAAAUAUUUGUCGUUUCAUUUACAAUUUUCAGUUGGUUUCUUCAGUUCUCCGAUUUUCAAUAAGUUUUAUUUUCUCGAAAAUAUUAAAUUACGAGAAAAAUGCUGCAGUUCAAAACUUGAUCGAAAUAUCGGAGUAAUCGGUGAACAUUGUGUGACUAUACGUUUUCAAAAUCUUCUAAUCUACUCACUAAAGCAAAGAAAGCAUUAUUACGUCACUGAAGAAGAGUGAAAUAAUAUUGAGUAAUUGUACCGAAAAAUGCGAAGCUUGGCUACAUCCACUCGUCACAGCACUUAUCAAUAUUAACUCUAACCUUCUACAACAACGGGGUAAUUAGUUACCUGACGCUUAUAAAUAAAAAAUCGAAAUUUUUACGUUUUUCCGAUUCGGAAGUAAAUAGUUACCCCGUUGUAGAGCACGACACGAAAAAACUUUAGGUGGGGUCUAAGGUUAAAAAAAUCAUUUAAUUAGGUAAAAAAUAAAUUAUAUCCAGUUUAUGACAUCACAAGACAAAAACACCAGAUUCACACAUACACCAAAAUUUGACUAUUAAAAACAAAUGAUUUCUUUUGGCAAAA